AAGAAGACGGAAGGACCGUAGAAGAAGAAACGUUUCGUCUCAAAAAACAAAUUACAAACAAACUGUGACUACACGACGAUGUCUAUAGUCUUCGUGCCUAAGAAACUACGAGGAAAGGCAAAAAUUAACCAAGAAACAAUACAGAGGUUGCUGGAUGAAAACGACCAAUUGAUUAGAUGCAUCACUGAAUACAUGCAGAAGGGACGAGCAGUGGAGUGUGUACAAUAUCAACAGAUCCUGCACCGCAACAUCGUCUACUUGGCAACCAUAGCUGAUGCCAGCCCAGACAACAUGCCUUCUUCUUCAAAUUCUGCAUCAGAUGAAACAUCAGCCUCAACACCAGCUGUGAAUGGACAUGAAAGGACGUGACAAUGGGGUGUCAACUAUUUGAUAUCAGUGCUGUUAAAAUGAUUUUACUUACCAGGAAAAUGUAACAAUUAUUUGUUUCAGCAAUGUAACUCACUCUAGGAUCACUGGUGUUUUAGAUCAGUGAUGCUAUAUUGAAUGUACAUGUGGAACAGUACUGUGAAUUCAAUGUAUUUUUUUUUU